AUGAAUGGAGAUUUGCUUGAUGCAGCUCAAAUAAUCCAGUGUUGUUGGCGGAAAUACCUCAAACGGAGGCACCAGAAAAGCAAGCUGAAGGCACAGCAGGCUCUACACCACGAGGUCGCAAACCACGUUCUUGCGAAGGUCAUCUGUGGUGUCAUCGAGCAACACUGGCUGCAGCAUUUGUCUAGAGAGGGCGCUCGUCUUGUUCGACAGCAAAUAAUUGCUGACCGUCAUGCAGCUGUUUCUCGUGUUCAAGUUGCUUGGCGACGAGGUCGUUUGCGUGUCGCUGCAAGGAUGCACCGUGCACAAGCGUGGCGACGAGAGCAUCAGGCGGCACAAGUCAUUCAAUUGGCUUGGGGUUCCUUUCAACGCCACCUAGAAGAAAGCAAACGGAUCCUGUCUUUCCGGCGCUUUGAGCAACUAAUGAAAACGGAAGAGCUUCAGAAGAGACAGAUGAAGCUAAAAUGCAAAGUAGAGAUGCGUGCUGCCAACUGUAUCCAGAGAGGUUUUUUCGUACGUUUAUGUUCCGGAAGCGAGAGUUCUGCAGCGCAAUGUUCGCGUGUGGCGUCGGAGGCGGCAGCUUUGUGCGCUAACGCACAUUUACGGUGUGUUGAAGAUCUACCAGCAAAACAGAGCAAACGAAACGCAACAACGCGUAUCUCAAGACAUUUAAUACAAGGUGGAAACGAAGGCUGCGUACCACAUUCAAAACGGUUACCGAAAUUUCCGAUCCCAGAAGCGAACGUUUGCUGCAACAAGAAUCCAAAGCGUGGUGCUAGCAUGGUUAACUAG